CAGGCAUCUCAGUUUUUGCAUUGCAAAACCUCCAAAACGGCGCAGUUGAGUGGCUGCAAUCAAAGUUCCCAUGCGAAGUUGAGAAGCCAAGGAUGGGCGGUUGCAAUUCGACUGGCUGUGGUUGCGAGAAGGGUCCUCCACCAACGUUCAGCAUUGACCCCGGUUCCGCCUAUUCUGCCAGAGACAGACCAGGUUCGGACAAGACACCCGGUGGUCAGACUUUGAGCGGGGGUGCAACGUAUGAAGGACAAUGGCGUGGAGAAGACAAACAUGGGGAGGGCAAGUUGAUCUUCGCAGAUGGCUCCAAAUAUGAGGGGCAGUUUGAGUCCGACCGAAAGCAUGGUGUUGGAAAGUACACCUACAGCAAUGGUUCCACCUACGAAGGGCAAUGGAAAAUGGAGGUUCAAGAUGGCCACGGUGUAGAGAAGCUUGUGGACGGUUCAGUCUUCGAGGGCCAGUUCAAGAAUGGCGACAAGUCCGGCAAGGGCAAAUUCACCUGGAACACAGGUGGUUCCUAUGAGGGCGACUUUGAUGCCAAUGAUAUGCACGGCGAGGGCCGGUAUCAGUGGAGCGACGGCCGAAGUUAUACAGGGCAGUGGCGCAGGAACCAUAUGGGCCCAUUUGGCACCAUGAAGUGGACGGAUGGGCGAUGUUAUGAGGGCCAGUUCAGGGAUGGCAAGAAGCAUGGCGAAGGCAAGCUUUCUUGGCCGGAUGGUAGAUCCUACACAGGACAGUGGGACAGUGGCCGCCAACAUGGAGUUGGAAUCGCCGUCACUGCAAAAGGCCUUUCCAGAAAAUCACAAUGGGAGCAUGGUAACUUUGUUUGCUGGCUGGAGGAACCUCCGGAAGUCACCGGUGACAGCAACAAGACCUGAGGCUGGCAGAUUCCGCCAAACGGGCUUUCAAGACUCCUAGAGGUAAUAAGAGUAC